AUGUUUAAAAAAUUUAAAGAUAAAUUAGCUGAGGAAGUGAAGUCAUCCCCUCAAAGGAUUCAGCAAUUCGCCCAAGCUGCUCAAGCAGCAGUCACAUCAGCGUCUAGCAGCAUAUCUGACAUCACAAACAAUGAUUUAUUUUCUAUUGGUGAUAAUGAUACAUCAAGUAAAAUCAAAAAUCUGCCAAAUAAUCAGCAAAAUUCACUUCAAGAAGUAUCCCUUAUAUCACAAUCUAAAAAUUUAGACACAAGUAUGGAGUCAGAAAUCCAGACAAAUCUAGAGAUGAAUCAAGAAAGUCAUAGGCAAAGAAGAUUGUCGAAUAGCUCAUUUGCCAGUGACAUAUCAUUUAGAUUGCCCAGUUAUGAAAGUCCUUCGAUGUACCAUUUGCAGUCUGACAUGGAAGUAUCAGCAAGCGAAGCAGAAGAAAAAGGAUUUUCGGGUUCAACUGUCAAUCUUGAUAGAGUCACGAAAGAACAGUUGUAUGCAGCUUAUCGUCGAACACAAGAUCGUUGUACUAAAUAUAAGACUCAGUAUGCAGACCUUGCUCGCCAUUAUAAACUUUUAGAGAGAGAAAAUGCAAAAGCUAAGAAUGUAUUAGUGGAGACACAAGAUAAAGCUCUAAGAAGAAUAUCUGAAUUAAGAGAACAAUGUUCACUUGAACAAAGUGCUAAAGCUCACCUUGAAAGAGCGCUCCGUUUAGACAUCGAGGAAAAGAACAUGAAAAUACAUACGCUCAAUACAAAAUUAAGCCUGUUGCAAAAUGAUACAGGAAAUGAUUCAGUAGAUAAUAGUAAAGUUUCAAACGACAAGAAUGACAACGACAUUCCAUUAAUUAGUUUGGCUACAGAUGAAGUUAGUGAUGAUAACAAAACAAAUGAGGCCCCUAUACUUUCGGAGGUUACCGUGUUAAAUAAUAAAAUAGAAAAAAUGGAACAAUUGUUAAACAAGUACAAAGAUUCGCUAAAGACGUCUAAAGAUAAAAAUGCACAGUUAACUACAGAAUUACAAAUUAUUUCAGCUGAACUUGAAUCGAAAGUAAAAGAAAACGAUCAACUCAAAGCUGCGACAGUUUCACUCACGGAAGCGAGGCGAAAAAUUCAAGAGCUUACUGAAAAUAUUGAAGAAUUGCAAAACAAAAAUAAUUCUUACGAAUUCACAAAAAAUAAAGAAUUAUCUAUACUUGAAUUAAAUUUUAAAACAGCUCAAGAGGAAAUAUUAAAAUUACGUGAAAAAAUUGAAGUUUUAAGCAAAAGAGAAGAGGAAUAUGCUAUAUCACUCGCCGAAAACAAACUCAGCAUUCAUAAAGAAUUAGAAAGCAAAGAAUCAGAGAUUAAAUCAUUGAAGGAUAGUUUGGAAAGCAGCCGGAAUGAAAUUCAAUCACUUAAUAUUAUAUUAAAUGAUUAUAAAAGUGAUAUAGGUAAAUUAGAAGAGAAGAGUUCAAAAUUAAAACAUGAAUUGAAGACACUUAACUCUGAAAUAGUAAAGAUAAAUGAAUUAAAAGCAGAAGUUGAAUCCCUGGCCCAAAAAUGUCACUCCCUUGAACAAAUCAAAAAUAAAGCAGAUGAAGAAUAUAAUUGUUUACAGUUACAAAUGAAGCAAGAAACAGCGGAAAAACUGGCUAUGAUUGAUAGAAAUAGUUAUUUAGAAAACAGAAAUUCUCAACUUCUUGAAGAAAAUUCCAAAAAAAGUUUACAGAUAAGUAAUUUGGAAAAAGCAAUUCAAUUAUUGAGAAAUGAAAUGAAUAGUUCUCAAGGUAAUGAAGAAACAGAUGAAGUUAAAAAAUAUAAAGAAGAAAUAACAACAUGGAGAUCAAAAUAUAAUAGUUUAGAAUCUGAAAUACAAGAAGAAAGAGUAGAACUGGUCAAGUUACAAUCAGGAAUUGAAAAACUAUUAGAAAACUACGAAUUAGUUCAGAAACGCAGUGAACAACUCAACAUAACAGUCGAAGACUUAAAAUCAGAAAACACUCUAUUAAAAAAUAAAUUACUUCAAACUGACCAAAUCAUGAAGACGUGUGAAGAUUUAAGAACAAAAAUAAUUAAAUUACGUAAGGUCCUAAAUGUGACUUUAGAAGAAUCGAAAUCAUUCAAACAAUUUAUUAUAACGACAAUGAAUGCAUUUAAUGACAAAAUUGUCUUAUUAAAAUUCACUACGCAAGAGGAAAUUUCUCUUAAUGAAAAAACAUCAGAAGAUUUGCGUCUUGCCAAUGUGUCUUUACAAUUUGAUAUUCAAAAAUUGAUAGAACAAAAUGAAUGUUUGAAUAAUGAAAUAAAAGAAGCACAACAAGAGAUAGAUAUACUAAAAUCAGAAGUAAAGGAAGUCACCUCUGAAAGUAAUUUGCAUUUGCAGGAAAUACAAGAUCUAAAAAAUCAAAAUCAUGAAGUAAUUACUAAAUUAGAGAAUUUGAAACAGGACUCGGAAGAGUUAACCAAUAAACUGCAUGAGUGUGAAUCAGAAAAGCAGAAAUGUUUAGAAGAUUUUAACAUAUUAAAAAACAAAAAUAAUGAUUUACUCAUAACAUUAAAUAAUGUUCAACUGGAAAAAGAAUCAUUGCAAGAGGAAAUAGAUAAAAUAUCUAUAAAGCAUGAAGAAGUACUUAAGAAGCUUAAUAGUUUGACUGAGGAGUAUAAUGGAUUAUCCACAUUAAAAGAAAAUUACCAAAAACAAACAAAUCAUGUAUUGGACUUACAAAAACGUAUUGAUAACUUAAACGAAGAAAACACGACAUUAAAAAAUCUAUCAGAGACAAUUUCGAACAGUGUUACAGAAAUAGAGCUGGAAUUGAAAGAAGUUCGCCAUUCACAUUCACAGAUUGAAAUUGAGAAAGAACACUUGACAACUGUUAUAAAUGAGCUUGAAAAGAAUACCGCCUCAGCGAAACUAUUGGACGCUAAAUAUACGCAGACUGAAUUGGAUCAAUCUAAAGAUAAUAAAAUAGAUGAAUUAAAUAAGGAAAUGCAGGUAUUAAGUGAAUUGAAUAGCAACCUAACUGAGGAAAAUAAAACAAACAUCGAUAAAACUGAAGCUUUAUUAAAUAAACAUGAAGAACUUAACAAUGAAUAUUGUUUGCUCAUAGAAGAGAAUAAACGUUUGCAAUCUGACAUUGAAGGGCUCCAAUCUUACUUGACAAAAGUAUCAAAGGAAAAUAGUCAACUAAAUGAUAAAUUAAGAGAAAUUAUGGCUUCAAACGAAAGUUUUCCUGAAAAGAAUGAUAUAAUUAUACGUGAUAUAGAGAAUCUUAAAACUGAAAUUCAACUUGGAAAAGAUAAAAUAGCCAACUUGAUUAGAGAAAACACAUUACUUGCUGAAGAGAAUUUGGAAUUGAAAGAUCAGAUAAUGUCACAAAAUUAUUCUCAAAAAAAUACAAAUGACAUUAACAAAUAUAAUAAUGAUAAUAUCUUAGAAAAAUAUAAUAAUGUGGUUGAAACAAAAAAUGAGUUAGAAAAAAAAUUAAAUGACUUAGAAUUAUUAAAUCAAAGUGUUAAUGGAAACAUUCAGCAAGUACAAACAAAUAAUGACAAAUUAAGACUUUCCAAUGAGAAAUUAGAGAGGAGAUUAGAUGAAGCUCUUGUUAGCUUGAGGCAUUUGCAUUCCCUUCAAGAAAAUACUGAACUGGAAUAUUUGAAAAAUAUUUUAUAUGAGUACCUUACUGGCUCAGGGACACAUUCCAUUACUCUUGCUAAAGUAUUAUCCGCUGUGGUAAAAUUUGAUGAUAGACAAACGGAAACAGUGCUACAAAAGGAGAAAGAAAGACAAGGCCUGCUGCGGCAACUUGGACUAAUU